AUGCCUCCUUCAGAAUCAGAAUCUGAGAAGGAGAAGGAGGAGAAUCAAAAGGGGGACUAUGCCUCAGCCCUGAGGGGGAGCCCCAGCCUCUCACCUCGGUCCUCUGGCUACAAGGGCAAGAGGGGGUGCUCAUCAGAGGCCAAGGAAGAGCAGAGGGGAGGGCCCCGGUGCUCUGAUGUAGCACCUCGGGAAGGUAACAGGCUUCCACCUCGCAAGAGAUGGAGGGAGUAUCUGUCCCUGAUGGAAAAGGAGCAGCGACAGCCAUUGCGAUGCCUACGCCCUGCAUCUUUUACCCACCCGGGUGACAAGGAGAUGCCCUGUGGCCUGAAGAGGAAGAUGAAGAGGAAGCAUCUGUUCUCAGUGCUGCCUGAGCACCACGAGGCCUUCACUCGGCUGCUCGAGGAUCCGGUCAUCAAGAGUUUCCUGGCCUGGGAUAAAGACCUGAGAGUCUCUGACAAGCACCUCCUGGCCAUGGUCAUCGCUUACUUCAGCCGGGCCGGCCUCUUCCCCUGGCAGUACCAGAGGAUCCACUUCUUCCUGGCGCUAUACCUGGCCAACGACAUGGAGGAGGAUGACCAGGCUCCUAAAGUAGACAUCUUCUUGUUUCUCUAUGACUGGAAUUUGAAAAAGGUUCCCCAGUUCCACAAGCUGCGCUACCAAUUCAUCUGCUGCAUGGACUGGAACCUCAGGGUGACCCGAGAGGAGUGUGAGGAGAUCCAAGCCUAUGACCCUGCACUCUGGGUGUGGAGCCGAGAUCGCGCCCUCAUCCCUGGACCCUGGUACCCCGAGAACAGUGCCCUCUAG